GAUUUGUUACUUCUGCAUUAUUCCGUCGUGUCGCUCGUGAAAAGAUGCUGCGUGUAAAUUUAAAAUAAAUUAUAACUAUGAAUUUUUUAAAAUAAUUGACUAAAAAAUAAUUAGAAACACAGUGAUUAAUAGUUUUAAGCGACGAUGGAAAUUGUACAUCAUUUUGCUCAAAUAGAAGAAUGUACAGAUGAAACUACUAUUUGUCAUGAUAAUGUCAAAAUGGUUUUGACAGAAGCUGAAAUAAUAGAUAUGGAUGGUAAUAUAGAAAUUAAAUCAGAGGAUGACAAUGUUCAGUAUCAAUUAUGUCAGAUAAAUAGAGAUGAAAGUACUGUGGCUUAUCGUGUAGUACAAGUUAGCGAUAAUCAAUUGGAGAAUAGUGAAUUGUCCAUAGAAACUCCUGUAAAUAAUACCGUACAAGUUUUGACUUCUCCAUUAAAUGGGCAGUUAUAUCUGCUUAGUAAUGGAAAUGAAAUGCUUACCUCAGACUCUACAAGAAAUGUAAUGCCUUGUGUUGCCAAAGUGCAAAUAGAAGCAUCUGAAAAUCUUGUUCUGGGUGCUAAAAAGAGAGACGAAAAGAGGAGAGCGACACAUAACGAAGUAGAGAAGCGUAGAAGAGACAAAAUUAACAAUUGGAUCUUUAAAUUAGGAGAACUUAUACCAGAUAAUGUAAAUGGAAAUGGCAUUAACGAAGGAGAUAUGAAAGUUAAUUCUGAAUUACAAAGCAAAGGUAAUAUUUUAAUGCAAGCCUGCGACUACAUAACGGAAUUAAGAAAGAUACGAGAAAAUUAUAUUAGACAUUUGGAAGAAAAUACAAAGUUGUCAGAAGAAGCAAAAAAUCUCAGACAAGUUAUGACACAAUUGAAAAAAGAAAAUUACCAAUUAAAAUCACAGUUAUCUAGUAAUACCAAUUAUAUUGGUAUUGAACAAUUUCUUCGGCUACGAUAAAAUGAUUUAUUGCAGCAUCGUAAUGACCAUUUGCGGCUAAAUGCAUUCCCCAUUCUUUUUCUGAAGUAACUACAGAGGUUGAAUCAACUUUAUGAGUCAAUUCUAAUGCUCUCGCAUAUACACUAGCUUCGGCAUAACAUUUAAUAGCAUCCAUAACAUCGGAUGUUUUUUCUAAAAUUUCAAAUAGUUGUAAAUACGUAUGGCAACGCGCGAAAAUACUAAAUUUCUAUUAAUAAAAGUUAUGCGAAUAUAUGAAGCUAAGCUAAUUAAUUAAUUUAAUUUAAAUGAAUUUAAAAUUGAUGAUACUAAACGAUAUAUCGCAAUGUUUCAUACAAUUUUCCAUUGCUUAAGUUUAGUGAAUGAACUUAUAUAAAAUAUAUGACAUAUAUAAUAAUUUCAAUUUCAAGAAUUUUCAUUAAAAAUUUUCGAGAGAGAUAGCUGUGAAAAAUGUAAGAAAAAGGGACAGAAAUGUAAUAAUUCUUAUGCAACUUCAUUGAGACUUUUCAAUAUGGCGCAUAUAAAAUUAUUAUUAUAAAUGCAAAAUAUAUUAUAGAUUAUUGAAAAGUUAGUAAAGAGAUUUUUGUUCGACAGUAAUUGUACUUCAAUUUUCUUCUUGAUUUUAUAAUCGAAAGAAAAUGGAAGAAAGGAUAGAAUAUAUGUAUUGGUCGAUUUGUUACUUCUGCAUUAUUCCGUCGUGUCGCUCGUGAAAAGAUGCUGCAUGUAAAUUUAAAAUAAAGUGUAGCUAUGAAUUUAAAUAAUUGAGUAAAAAACAAUUUGGGACAGUGAUUAAUAGUUAUAGGCAGCGAUGGAAAUUGUACAUUAUUUUGCUCAAAUAGAAAAAUGUACAGACGAAAUUAUAUAUGUACAAUUUGUCAUGAAAAUGUCAAAAUGGUUUUGGCAGAAGUUGGAAAUGGCAUUAACAAAGGAGAUAUGAUAGUUAAUUCUGAAUUACAAAGCAAAGGUAAUAUUUUAAUGCAAGUCUGUGAAUACAUAGCAGAAUCUUAAUUUUGAGAUACAAGGGAAUUAUGUUAGAUAUUUGGAAAAAAAUACGAAGUUGUCGGAGGGAAGAGAAAACUCUCAUAACCACAGACAAGUUAUGACGCAAUUGAGGAAAGAAUAUUACCAAUUAUAACCACAAUUAUCUAGUUAUAUCCAUUAUAUAUUAAGCAAUUAAUUAUUUAUUAGAUUUUAUGAUAUUCGGUAUAUUAUUUUGUUUUCAAUGCUUACCAACGUGUUCUAUAUAUUUUUACAGUAAAUCGAAAGGACGUAAUGUAACUUAGCACAAUAAAACAUAACUGUAGUUAAUUAUAAAAUGUUUAUUUACAUGUAUUUAACUAAACAAUACUUGUAUCUGAUAAACGAUAUAAAUCGCAAUUAUAUAGUUAUAAAUUCAACUGUACAUACAUACUAUAAACAAUAACUUCAUAUAACGCGAACGAUAGAUUAAAAAAGUUGAAAAUUUAUUAUUAAAUCAUUAAAUCAGAUGUACAAAUAUACAAAAACAUUGCGCCAUAAUCAAUAAGUAACUUUGUUCAAAUGUUACAUAUGAUAUAUGUUUUUAACUUGAAAGUUACUUUUUUAUUGUUUUUAUUCUAAAAUGCAUUGAAGUUAACUGGUAGGUCUACAGUAUUUACAAUUGUAAAAUACAUCUAUUUAUGUACAUUCAACAGAGCAACAUGUUCAGUAUUAUGUUUUUUAGUUCAUUGCCAUAAUAUAUAUCUAAGUAUGUCGAUAAUAACAAAAUGAGCUUUAUAUUUUUUUUAUCCUUAAAUAUGCACAUACAGUUUUAUCAUUAUCAAAUUUAGGGGAAAAUAUAUAUGUAUAUAUAUUUAUAUAUGUAUAUAUGUACGUAUGUGUAUAUGUAAUUUCUAUUAUUAUUAUUGCUUCAAAGCACAUUAUUUUACUUUUUUUUUUGUAUGUAGCUGUUUUAGAUAUAUUUGCAUUAAUAUCUUGUACUCUCUAUUGGGUCUAAGCAGUUAUGGCAAGAGGCCUCCAAUAGUAGUACAAGAAAAGGAAUGAUAUUUAUAGUUAUGUGUCUCUAAAUAUUUUUGAGAUUUUUUUCAACCUUUUUUUAUCGUUUAUUUAAGAUGAAAUUAAAAAUAAAUAUUAAUCUUCGAAAUCAACAAUGUACAUCUGAUAGUAUUUCUUUUCUUAUCUCGUUAAGCAUAUAUAAGUUUAAUAUAAGUGUUAUGUCAGUAAAGAAUAAAUAUAUAAUUU